CUUCAAUAAAGUUUUCAUGUAAAGCAGAUGUCACAUACAUCACACGAUUAAUUUGAACGAAAUUGCCUUACAGAUUUGACGAUGGAGAAGUCCUUAGAUUCACAUUUAGAUGACAUGUGAGUUCCCUAUUGUAGUUUUCUCUCACACUAUACAAAGAUAAUCGUAAUUUGUGUAUUAACUCCGUCUGUUUUUUUCCACCAGAAUGUCUGAACAUGGCGUUAUUGGAGUAUUAUGUAGCGAUCAACAAGGACUUGCUUUAUCAGGUUUGUGAAGUUUAUUUUCGUAUUGAAACUUGAACAAUUUCUGUCAAAAGGAUAAGCUACAUUACGCCCAAUAAUACUUACUUUAAGCGUUUUAUUCCUUUGUGAUUAAUUGUCACUUUCCUCUGUGCCAUUGGUGACCAUUAUGAAGAAGUUUGACUCUCUACAGAUACAGUGUAGAUCAAGGGGAUAGAGGAGAGAGGCUAUUGUAGAAAGAAGGAGAAGUUAAUAACAUCUACCCAUUUUUGAAAGCUAUUAAAAAAAUAAUUUAUUCAUUUAACAAGAAAGUGCCUCUUGACAAUAAUCUUAGUGGUAAGAGAGAAAUGUUUUGAAGAAAUCUUCCUCCACUCUCUACCCCCACCCCACUUGUAACUUUUUUCAAGACUGUAAAUUGCACUCGUCCUGCGGGCAUGAGCAAUUUUACCUUGUUAAAAAAUUUAGUAAUGGUUUUUAACACGAAAUAGCAUGUGAAGUCAUGUUAUUACCUACACUAAUGAAAUCAUUUUAAAUGUCAAUUAUGCAAGGAAGAAGUCCACUACUUCUCUUACUGGACUUGAUUCCACAACAAUAAACUUCCAUGCUCUAACAGUUGUGUCUAUAUGGCAAGACUUCCGGUAAGUGCAUAAAGCUUGCCCUGCAAAACCUUCACAAAAGAUAACCACAAAAUGUUUAGUUUACAGAGUAAAUGAUACAUAAAGUUCAAAAUUUCUAACACUAUUUUUGAAUUAUUUCUUUUAACAGCUAAAGGUACUGCAAAUCCCAUUCAUGCAGGACUCAUUUCCUCUUUGGCAGAAGAUGCAAAGAAAUUAGAUCCCAACACGACACCAGUCAUCUGUUUAGAGUCAGAUGCAUGGUAAGUAGCAUUCCUGCACAAUGUAGUUGUUUAGUGCAUAUUAACUGGGAAGAAAUGAUAUUAGUGCAAGUCUGAGAUGUUAGAAAAUAAUUUGGUUUUUAAUCAACUGGGUUGAUAAUGUAAAUUUGCCAUCUUAAAGAGUUUCUGAAGCUUGCUAUUUCAGUAUUAGCCUUUUUUCAGAGGAAAGGAAAAAUGGAUAAUGCAACAAAUCUCAUUUUUAGGAACUCUUUAGAGUGGUAGGGAUAUUUUACAUCAUGAACGAUGCAGCACAAUUCUAUCGUGGGAAAUUUAGCCCCUUUAUCCAAGAUAUUACAGUUAUACACCAUUGAUUGAUCAAACACUCAGAGGGUAUUAACCCUAAACUCCCAUCAGUGACCAAGACAGAAUUACUCCUUACAAUAUCAUUACAUUAUCAAGCAGGCAAGAGAUGAGAACAUUGGGAUUAGAAGUUGAUCCAAUAUUAAUUUCUCUGAACUUGCAUCAGAAGAAUUGAACAGCACACAGUAAAUAAGAUCUUUGGAGUGAAAGGGUGAAUGUAUCGCAGAAAACAGCACUAGCUAUGAAUUUAAUUUUGGUGUGGCUGUUGAGCCAUAUUUCUUGUUCGCUCGGUUCCAUGUCAAAACUUUCAACUUUUAUUCAUUACAAAGUCGUUAAAAUUUAUACAGAGUGCAGUGCUCGUGCUUAUGUUGAUUACAUAGUUGUGUGUGCUGUGUGAGUGCGAAGAUGACAAUUACAUAGUGUAACAAUUUCAUGCACGAGUUUCUUUUUCCUUUCAUGUAUGAAAGGAGGUUCACAGAGAGCACUGCUAGGAAGGUAGAUGUACCUUCAUGGAACACAAGAAAAAAAAACAGAUAGAGAUGGGCACCAUUUGAUUUAGACCUUACAUGCUAAAACAUUAUUAACACUUGAGAAUACACUAAAACCCCCUGGUAGGUUUUUUGCACUAUCCGUAGCAUCUUCCUCUCCUAUGAUUGCUUUUAACCCUUAACUCCCAAGAUCUCAUUAGCAAUUCUCCUAACUGUCUGCCUUACAGUUCUUGUGAUUUUAGUUUAAAGAAUUUGGUAUUGGAUCAAUUUAUAAUUUCCUAAUUGAUAUUUUUGUUUAUUCUCAUCACUUGUCUGCUUGAUAUUGUAAGGAGAAAUUCUGGGUUAAACAAAGAACUUCACUAAUUCUCCUUGCCCUCUGCUGUACAUUCCUUGCAAUGUUAGUCCUGAGAAUUUGAUGUCAAAUCAAAAGAAUACAAUAUCCCUUCGUAUUUCCUUUUUAUUACCUGUCUGCAAGAAACAGUAUAUAGAUGUUGCGAGGAGAAACUAUGCAACAGUCACUCCAUCAAUAUAUUGGGAUUGAUGCUUACAAUGUUUAACCCCCUAAAGCCUAAGGAGUGAUCAGCAUUGAAUUCUCCUCACAAUAUGAACUGAGUCAGUCACAAAUUAAUGUCUCAAGAAUGAAAGGACUGAUCAACAAAAAUUGAUUGUCCUCACUUCCAACAAAUGUUUACAACUGUUACCACAAGAGAAAGUAUGGGCACCAGUCAAGAGAAUUUUGCAUUUUCAUUCCCUCUUUUUUUCAGUAAUCUUCUUGUGAGAUCAGAAGGAGAUGUCACAGUUGCCAUUCAUAAAGUUCCUUCAUAAACAAAGAAGAAUUUGAAUUUGGAGUUUUCUUUCCCAAAAAGAUUAUUGGUAACUGCAUUUUUAAUUGAUUGUAAAAAAAUAUAUAUAUAUAUUUUGAAUAAAUGUUUGCAAAUUUG